AAGAAGAAGAAGAAGAAGAAGAAGAAGAAGAAGCUUAUAAAGCAGAACAGUAUAUUUGCUUUAUCAAGCCAACAUAAUAAUAAUACGAUUGUAUGACACAUAUAGAAACAAAUAUGGUAUGGUAACAUAAUAACUGACAGCAUAAAAGGAUUUAGUAAUAAAAGAAAGUAGUCGGGUUUAUGUCCAAUUACCGUCAAGCUCUAAGAAUCUCUUGAGAUUCUAUUGGUGCAAGGAGCCGUGUUUAGAAUAAAGCCUCGCCCCCUAAAACGCACAGAUCGAAUGGAAAGUUGUUUUUGCUUUAAGUUGUUUUUUUGCACUCGCUGUGCUCAAUAAAAAGCCUGUGAUCUAAGAUGCUAUCUGCACUUUGAAGAAGACCCUUGUUCGCGCUGAAUGCGCAAAAAAUAGCGCUUUUUUAAGUUUCUGAAGCAUCAACAGACAGGAUGAGUUUGUUUCAGUUGGAGGAUUUUUUAGCAGGAUUGACAGGAGGUGCCUCCAGUGUGAUUGUAGGACAUCCACUUGACACUGUGAAGACACGCUUACAAGCCGGAAAAGGCUACAAGAAUGCCUUCCACUGUAUUGUAACCAUCUACAAAAAGGAAACUCUUACUGGUUUUUUCAAAGGCCUGUCCUUCCCACUAGCAAGCAUCACAGUGUAUAAUUCAAUGGUUUUUGGCUUCUUCAGCAAUGCUCAAAGAUUUAUUAGCGAUCUUCGUUAUGGUGACAGAAGGCACCAGUGCAAUAUGCUUGACCUUACUGUGGCCAGCAUGAUGACAGGUCUGGUAUCAGUGAGUCUUGGGGCCCCAGUGGACCUGGUCAAAAUCAGGCUGCAAAUGCAAACUCAACCCAUCCUCGCACAAAACUUCACUCUUGCUGGCAAUGGCAGUGUCCCUCUUCGAUCAGUGGGGCUCCAGAAUCAGCGUACAGAGUGUACAGUAUACAGGGGACCUCUUCACUGCAUCAGCAACAUCUUGCAGACAGAGGGAAUCCAAGGGCUCUACAGAGGAGCAGGAGCCAUGAUACUCCGUGAUGUGCCUGGUUAUGCCCUUUACUUUAUCCCAUACACACUCCUCUGUGGCUGGAUGAACCCGAACAGUAGCAGUUCCCCUCACCCCUGCUCCAUAUGGCUCGCUGGUGGUUUAGCAGGAUCUAUCUCCUGGGUCACAGCAACGCCAGCUGAUGUGGUUAAGAGUCGACUGCAAGCUGACACAAUACACCACAGAAAAUAUAAAGGAAUCGCUCAUUGCAUCAUACAAAGUUACAAGACAGAGGGAAUACAUGUCUUCUUCCGUGGUGCAUCAGUAAGUGCAAUCAGAGGAUUUCCAAUGAGUGCUACUAUGUUCCUGGUUUACGAAUUGUCUCUCAAGUUUUUUCGAAGCCUGUGAUAAGUGUCCAAACACAGCAACUGACUUUUUUUUAACAUGGAACACUUUUAAUGAUGAGAGAGUUUUUGGUCCAAGAUCUCACUGUGUACCAGUAUUAAGUUUAAUGGACUGAAUGAGGGUUAACAGGUUGUUGAUACUUUUCUUUGGUAUCAAUAACGUUUUUACUUACUUCUUAUAUUAAGAAAAAUGAAGGCUAUGAAUAACAUGAUUUUACAAAUCUCAAAGUUUUUAUCAGAGCAUUCUAAUAUAUGUAUAUUUAAUAAUUUUUUAUUUUGCUUUUGUUGACACGCUUUCUCUAUAAACAUAAAAUAGAUAACAUGAUAUCUUGGAAAAAGUGGGUAGUAUAUUGUGUCUUUAGAUGCUGUAUUUGGAUGGGCUUUUUGUUUGUUUGUUUGUUUGUUUGUUUGUUUUCAUUUUAAUUCAAUUCAGGGUUUUUUUUUUGUAUAACGAUUUUAACAAUGGACAUUGUCCCAAAGCAGCUUAACAGAAAUAUAUAAAUUCAGGAUAUAGAUUUUAACUGUAUGAAUUUAUCCCUAAUGAGCAAGCCAGAGGCAACAGUGGCAAACAGUCUCCCUGAGACGAUAUGAGGAAGAAAACUUGACCAGACUCAAAAGGGAACCCAUCCUCAUCUGCGUGACAACAGAUAGUGUGAUUAUAAAUAAAUACCUUCUAUAAAUGUGCUAACACUACAUGGUGAAAUAGUGCAGUUGUGUAACCAGGAAAAUACAUUACAGUUUUUAUA